GAAGUUAAACUCCAUCGAAGAAGAACGCAUCCAACAUGUUUAGCUGGACGCAUUGGUUACAUGCAAUUAUUCUACUUUCUCCUUAACCACUUCACUGAAUCGCUUCUGGGGAAAGGACAAUGACCUCGUUAGUGGCCUAUGAUGAUUCUGACCAGGAGGAUGAUGACGGAGCACUCCCUCAUCUUGCCAACUGUCCCAUGGAUGAUAUCAGGCAGUCCCAAGGAAACCAGAAAUGGUUGGAUUCUAACUUAUAUGGACCAUUAUUACCCAGUCCCCAUUACAAACAACUGGAAAUAGGACAAUGUGGUGAAGGUAGGACAGUGUCUGAACCUCACAGGGAGAUUUAUCCCCUUCCAUUGGGUCUCUCAGGGGUUGUGGAGAACAGCUCAAACUCAAAACCGUACUCUGCUCCACUAUACUGUGUUAAUUUGACCACAGCGAAGAGGCAUCAGGCUGCACCACCUGGUGUCUCGCCAUACAUUCCUAAGAGACAGAGGUUGGCCACACAAGGAACGAGAGAAGAACCAACCUCUUUGGAAACGAAUGAUAAGUCCACUGUCUCCAGGCUGCUGACCGAGGUCUCUGAGCGGGUGCGUCCGUACCUGGGGCCCAGGCCUGGCAGGGCAGCGGUGCCGAGGUGCAUGCAGCUCAGCCUCCAGGCCCACCAGGCUCCAAUCAACAUGAUCCAGUGGUGCCCAGUGCCCCAGCUCAGCCAUCUCCUACUGUCUGCCUCCAUGGACAAGACUGUCAAGAUUUGGGAUGGUGCAGAGAGUGGGCAGUGCCUGCAGGUAUACUCCUCCCACUCGGGGGCGGUGCGAGAUGCCUGUUGGUCCCCCUGUGGGCGACGCCUCCUCACCGGCUCCUUUGACAACACGGCCAUGGUGACGGACGUGGAGACAGGACAGCAGAUCGUGAAGGUGGGGAACCAGUUCAAGGUAAUGUGCUUGGCAGUGCAGCCCAACGACCCUGAAGUGUUCCUGUGUGGGGGUUACAGCGCAGAGGUCAAGGCCUGGGACGCCCGUACCUGCAAGGUGGAGAGGGUGUACAGGGCACGGAUCCAGCAGACUCUGGCCAUCCUGUUCCUGACCGGGGGCAGGGAGUUUGUGACCAGCAGUGACUCGGUCAGCCGGGACUCUGCCGAGCGCACGCUCAUUGCCUGGGACUUCCAAACCACCGCUAAGGUCUCCAAUCAGAUCUACCAUGAGCGGUACACGUGUCCCAGCCUAGCCCUUCACCCCCAGCAGGACUCAUUUGUAGCGCAGAGCAAUGGCAACUACAUGGCCCUAUUUUCUGCCCAGCGGCCAUACAGAAUGAACAAGAGGAGGCGGUAUGAAGGACACAAGGUUGAGGGCUAUGCGGUGAGGUGUGGCUUCUCUCCGGAUGGGUCCAUACUGGCCACGGGCAGCUCCACAGGCUCCGUCCACUUCUACGACCAGCAGAGUGCUCGGACGCUGCACACGCUGCUCGCACACCAGCAGGCAUGCAUGUGUGUGUCUCUGCACCCUGUGCUGCCCGCUGUGGUCGCAACGUGCGACUGGGGUGGCGAGCUCAGGAUCUGGCAGUGAUUGGCACAAAGAAGGGGAGGAAUUAUAACACCCAGACACUACAAACAUCCAGGCAUCCUUCCUAUCCGAGCUGCCGGAGAGAAAGGAAACUGCUCAGGAAUAUUUCCAUAAGGGCAAUUUUACUCUUCAUACUGAAAUUCGCUUCCAUUCAAAUACAUACCUGUUGACCAAACUGCUGGCAGUUGUCUAUUGCUUAGCUUAUAUCAUAACUUCAAUCAAGUCAGUCAAGGCAAAAAUGUCAAAUGUACUUUUUUUUUUUUUCUUUUUUUUUUUUGGUACCAUAGCUUACUCAGGAAUUAGUGUACAGGAUUCUUACUCGCAUUGUAAAUGAACGACGUGAUGACCCUGUUUGUCACAGCUAUAAUAAAAGUACUAACCUAUUCUACAUUCA